AUGUCUGCUUCAGAAUUGACAGAUCUUUUUACUAGAAUCGGACUGUCCGAUGUAAAGGCCAAAGAAACUGCUGCCAAUAAGAAACUGGCUCCUACUCUGACUCAAGUCAUUACCGAGGCAAGUGCUGGAGUCACUGCAGACGGAGUCGAAAAGUCUUUGGGUGCUUUGCUCUACACUCUUGCUUCAACUAUAACUAAAGAUGCUACUGUUCAUCUUCCAUACCUUGCAAAAGCUGUUUUCAAUGGAAAUCUGACCUCCAGUGAUCAAGUGUCUGCUGCCAUCAAGUUCUCUGAAAAGGCUACUGGCCCCAUUGACGACAUUGCUUUUAAUGAGGCCUGUGGUGUGGGUGUCGUGGUGACUUCUGACGAGAUUACCGCCUCGGUUGCUGCUCUGGUGGCUGAAAAAAAAGUCGAGCUCGAAGAAAAGAGAUAUCAAAUGCUUGGUAGUUUGUUGGGUCUGAUGCGCACUCGACUUCGAUGGGCUAAUUCACUCGCUGUUAAGGAGGAACUGGAUCGCCAAAUCCUUGCUCUGCUUGGCCCAAAGGAUGAACGCGACAAUCUCAAAACCAAGGCUUGUAGUCUAUUUUUAUACUCGAGAGAUAAAAAGAAGGAGAAAGAGGCCAAGGCUGCUAGCAUUCCAGCUGCAGAUGCACCUGUAGAAAGUCGUAUCGAAGACAUGGCCAAGAGCACCAAGUUCAUUUUUGAAGGUGAACUUGCUCGUCUUCAUCGACCAGGAGAGAAUCCCCAAAUCAAACCUGAACUAAUGGUGGAGCAUCUCAAACGCACCAAGGGACGGGUUCAGACUCGUUUCCCACCUGAACCCAAUGGCUUUUUACAUAUUGGUCAUGCAAAAGCUAUCAAUAUCAACUUCUCUUAUGCUGCUGCAUUUGGAGGCACCACCAACUUGAGAUACGACGACACCAAUCCCGAAGCUGAGGAGGAAUCAUACCUUACUGCUAUCAAGGACACGAUCGAGUGGCUUGGCUUCAAACCCUCGGCUAUUACCUACUCUUCCGACCAUUUCCAAAAACUAUACGAUCUUGCUGUAGAUCUGAUCAAACGUGACAAGGCAUAUGUUUGCCAUUGCACUGGAGAAGAGAUUUACCAGCACCGUGGAGGUGAUAGCAAGGGCCCGCGAACAGAGUGUGUUCACCGUAAUCGUCCUGUUUCUGAAUCCCUUGCAGAAUUUCAAAAGAUGAAGGAGGGCAGAUACAAAGAAGGUGAAGCCAUUCUUCGUAUGAAAAUGGAUCUCACCAAUCCCAAUCCUCAGUUUUGGGAUCUUGUCGCUUACCGUGUGCUAUUUACUGCACACCAUCGCACUGGGAGUGAUUGGUGCAUUUACCCUACAUACGACUACACACACUGUCUGUGCGAUUCGUUUGAAGACAUUACACAUUCUUUGUGUACAACCGAGUUUCGUCUUUCGCGAGAAUCCUACUACUGGCUAGUGGAUGCACUUGAGAUUUACAAGCCCGUGCAGUGGGAAUACGGUCGUCUCAAUAUUACCAACACUGUCAUGUCAAAACGAAAAUUAAAUCAACUUGUUACAGAAGGAUUAGUGGAAGGCUGGGAUGAUCCGCGUCUUUACACUUUAGCAGCACUGCGUAGACGUGGAUUUACUCCCGAGUCCAUCAACGCCUUUGUGCGAGAUGUGGGUGUUACUACUGCAAACACGACAAUGAAUGCAGAUCGUCUUGAAGGGUAUUUGCGUGAUCACCUUAACCAAACUGUAUCCAGACUAUUUGUUAUCCUGGAUCCAGUCAAGGUGACUUUAACAAAUGUGAGUGACGAUAUGAUUGAGGAGAUUGAAGUUGCCAACAAACCCAAAGAUGCUACGUUGGGUAGCCGUGUUCUUCCUUUUACCAAGACAGUUUACAUUGACCGAUCUGAUUUCCGUGAAAAAGACGAAAGCGGCGAGUUUUAUCGACUGGUGCUAGGAAAGAGUGUGGGAUUGCUGAAUGUGCCAUUCCCAAUUCAAGCAACUGAAGUGGUCAAGGAUCCAUCAACGGGAAAGAUAAUUGAGAUCAAGGCUGUUUACGAGAAAGACGGUAUUUCUUCACGACCCAAGGCAUAUAUUCAGUGGGUAGGUGUGAGUCCCAAGCACCAAUCUCCUGUACAUGUGACUGCAAGGCUGUAUGAAAAGCUAUUUUUGCAUGCUAAUCCACAAAGCAAGGAAGAAGUUCCUGGCGGCUGGCUAUCUGAUUUAAACCCUGAUUCGCUGCAGAUUGUGGAGGGUGCCAUGGCAGAUAUUGGCAUUUUGAAUACCAAGAUCGAGGACAAAUUUCAAGCUGUACGUGUCGCCUAUUUUUGUGUCGAUCGCAACUCGGAUUUCAAGACUGGUAAAAUUGUUUUGAACCGCACUGUUGGGUUGAAGGAGGACAAUAAAAAGGACAAAUAAAGCCUCACCAUCAAAGGUUCUGUUCAGCUCAUACA